AUGUUUGGAUCUGUGGAUUCUGGGCAUUUAAAUGAGAUCCCUAGCUCCUGUCUAGAAUCUGAACAUAUUGUCCAUAGCCUGGAACCUGUGCAUGUUGUGCACGCCCGCAAUUCUACAGUCACAAUGCCUGGAUCUGGUAUCAGAUUUAUGCAUGGGUCUGGGAGUGCAGGUGCUUUAGGAAAUACUGGGAAAUUGGUUCAAGGGAAUAUUUCUUCAGCAAAUUCUUUUCUCCCCUUGGCUGGAGCCAAGAAAAUUGCUAAUAGUUGGAACUGGAUAUCAAAUGUCAGGAGUUCUGGUAAAGCAAGAAUUCUUUUACUAUGGGACCCUGAUGUUUUGGAGGUUCAACCCUUAAAGUCUUCUGAUCAACACAUUACAUGUACAGUUAAAUCAAUUGAUGGGAAAGUUAGAUGUGUCAUUACUUCAGUUUAUGGUUUCAAUCAGAUGGAAGCUAGAAAAGAUCUUUGGUUGGAGCUCACUCAAAUUAAACAGAGUAUUGGUAAUCUUCCUUGGUUACUUUGUGGAGACUUUAAUGUUAUGAUAAAUAAUGAGAAGUUAGGGGGUUCAAUCCUAUCUGAGGCUGAUACUACGGACUUCAAAGACUUCAUUGAGAAUUGUUUGCUUUCUCACCUGAAAACUCUUGGAUGUUUUUAUACUUGGAACAACAAGAAAGAAGCUGAUUCCAGAGUCUGGUGUAGGCUAGACAGAGCACUGGUUAAUGAUGCAUGGAUAAAUACUUACAAUGCCAGUCAUGUUGAAUUUCUUCUUCCCAGUUUUUCUGAUCACUCUCCUGCUCAAAUUGCAAUCUAUGAAGAAUAUAUCCAAGGAAAAAAGCCCUUCAAAUUCUUCAAAAUGUGGACAACUCAUCCUAGCUAUGUAUCCACAGUUUCUGAGGUCUGGAAAGAAUCUAUUCAAGGGUGCAAAAUGUUUUCAGUGUGCAAAAAGCUCAAACUGCUGAAAGGGGCUCUUAAAACUUUAAAUAAAAAGCACUUCUAUAAUAUAAGUGAGCAAGUUCAAAGAGCUAAAAUUGCUUUGGAGGACACUCAGAGGGAACUGCAGAAUCAGCCUUUCCACCCUAUGCUUAUAUUGCAGGAGAAAGAACUUCUAUUAAAAUAUAAUAAUCUCAUUGAUUGUGAAAUGUCAUUUUAUCAACAAACGGCCAGGAUUAAAUGGAGUCUUCAAGGUGACAGGUGCACGAGUCUUUUUCACAAUAUUGCAAAAUCCAUAAAGCAUAACAACAGGGUGGUUAUUUUGUAUAAUAGUCUGGGGGAGAGAAUUACUGAACCUGAGGGAAUUGCUGCUGCCCUUGGUGCUCCAGUUACAAAUGAUGAAAUAAAAUCAGCAGUGUUCUCUAUAUCUGAAAGUAAAGCUCCUGGACCUGAUGGAUUUAGUAUGUCAUUCUUCAAAUCUUCUUGGUCAACCAUUGGAGAGGAAAUCACUCAAGCUGUUCAUGAGUUUUUCAGGAAUGGCAAAUUGCUUGGUAUGGCCAACAGAGCUAUGGUCAGUAUUGAUAUCAGGAAGGCAUUUGAUACCAUAAGCUGGAGGUUCAUUUCAGACUUGCUUCAGGGUCUGGGUUUUCCAGCUUCUAUGAUCAAAUGGAUUAUGGCAUGUAUCACUUCACCAAGCUAUUCAAUCUCUCUUAAUGGAUCUCUACAUGGAUAUUUUAAAGGUGAACGUGGCUUAAGGCAAGGUGACCCUCUCUCCCCUUACCUCUUCAUCCUAGGAAUGGAGUAUCUCUCAAGGAAGUUAGAUCUUCUAUAUCAUGACAGGAUGUUCAAAUUCCACCCUAAAUGUAAGAGGCUCAAAAUUACACACUUGGUCUUUGCGGAUGAUCUCCUAUUAUUUUCUAAAGCUGACCACUACUCUAUACAGAAGCUUCACCAGUGUGUCCAAGAGUUUGGUAAUAUUACAGGUCUUGAAGCCAACCCUGAUAAAUGUUCUAUUUUCUUAGGGGGUGUGGAUGAUUUAACAAAGUCGUCUAUCAUCAACCUGUUGGGAUUCAAAUUGGGUGAACUACCUUUCAAAUAUUUAGGUGUUCCCCUAGUAUCCAAGCGAUUGUCUUACCUGGACUGUAAUCUUUUAUUUACAAAGAUAGAAGACCAAUUCAAUUCAUGGCAGAAGCAUAAAACCCUCUCAUAUGCAGGUAGAAUACAAGUGAUCAAAAGUGUGAUACUGGGUAUUCAAACCUUCUGGACCUCCAAUUUUGUCCUCCCAGUUAAGGUUAUGCAGAGGGUUGAUUCAUUGUGCAGGGGUUUUUUAUGGGGAAAAUCAACUCAUACUUUUAGGACUCCUCUUGUGUCAUGGGAAAAAAUAUGUUUAAGGAAGGAACAGGGAGGAUUGGGGUUGUUCUCUGCUCCUAUUUGGAAUUAUGCAUCUGCCUUGAGGUGUAUAUGGCAUAUUCAUAUAAACAAGGAGUUAUUAUGGAUUAAGUGGAUCCAUGGUACGUAUUUGAAGAAUAGUGAUAUCUGGCAUGUGAACAUAAGAUGUGGAGACUCAUGGAUGUGGAGACAACUGCUCAAGACAAGAGACAAAGCCAUUUCUUUCUGUGGUGGGGUGGAAAACUUGAAGAAUAUGAUAUAUUCCUGCAAUAUGGAUGGAAAAAUUAAACUAUCUGCCCUAUAUAAGUGCUUGUAUCCUAGUGCAAGCAAUGUUGCAUGGUCAAAGCUUAUCUGGGAGAGACUAAACAUCCCUAAGCACUCUUUCAUAUGCUGGCUAGCAAUUCAGAAUAGAUUGUUGACACAGGACAGAAUUUUGAAGUAUGGAAUGGGGUGUUGGAUUGGCUCCAAAGUAGAUGGAAAUCUUGUAAUUGGAACCAAUGUGUGCACUGGUUCUCUACCUAUCUGA